AUGGCGGAAAAGAAGACUUAUACACUUGUCAUUAAAUUGGGCUCUUCAUCUUUAGUCGAUGAAAAAACUAAGGAGCCAAAAUUGGCCACAAUGUCUCUCAUUGUGGAGACCGUUGUGAGGUUGAGAAGGAUGGGUCAUCGCGUGAUUAUUGUAUCUAGUGGUGGGAUUGCCAUUGGUUUGAGAGCGAUGAAUUUGCCCAAGAGACCUAAGAACCUAGCUGAAGUACAGGCAAUUGCUGCUGUUGGGCAAGGAAGACUGAUUGGAAGGUGGGAUUUGUUAUUUUCGCAAUUUGGCCAAAGAAUUGCUCAAAUUCUUCUGACCAGAAAUGACAUUGUCGACUGGACACAAUUCAAGAAUGCCCAGAAUACAAUGUCCGAACUGCUGAAUAUGGGUGUUGUCCCAAUCGUAAAUGAAAACGAUACUUUGUCCGUUAGCGAGAUUAAGUUUGGUGAUAAUGAUACUCUAUCGGCUAUCACUGCUGCUCUAAUAAACGCCGACUAUUUAUUCCUGCUCACCGAUGUUGACUGUCUGUACACUGACAAUCCCAGAACCAACCCAGAAGCAAAGCCAAUCUUAGUUGUUCCAGACUUGAGUAUGGGAUUGCCUGGCGUCAAUACCUCGAGUGGAUCGGGAUCUGAUGUCGGCACCGGCGGUAUGCGGACCAAGAUUGUUGCUGCGGAGUUGGCUACCAAUGCUGGGGUCCACACCAUUAUCAUGAAAUCUUCUCAGCCAUCGAACAUCUCUACUAUUGUUGAAUACAUGCAAACCUUGGAUUUGGAAAACGAGAGCAACGGGAAACCUGUAUGCGAUUCCUCCACAGACCUCAUUAAAUUGCAAGAAAAGGAGCUGGCCAGAUUACAAAAACUUCAUGUUCCUUUAUACACUAAAUUCAUUGCAAACGACAACAACCAUCAUUUGAAGAACAGGGACUUUUGGAUUCUUCAUGGGUUAGUCACGAAAGGUGCGGUAGUCAUUGAUGAGGGAGCAUAUAAUGCAUUGACAAGAAAAGAAAAAGCUGGAUUAUUGCCUGCUGGUAUUAUACAGGUCGAAGAUACAUUCCAUGAAUUGGAAUGUGUGGAUUUGAAAGUUGGUAAAAGAUUGGCUUCUGGAGAGUUGGACGUUUCUGUUCCCCUGAAAACUGUAGGCAGGGCCAGGUGUAACUACACAAGUUCCGAGAUCUCUAAGAUAAAAGGUCUGCAAAGUAUUGAUAUUGAGGAGGCAUUGGGUUAUUCGCUUGGUGAAUACGUUGCACAGAGGGAAAAUUUGGCUUUCCCCCCACACUGA